AUGUCUUCAUCUCUAGUACGACAAGCACUUGCAUUUGUGGACGGAGAAGAGAGUGGGCCGAAGAAGCGUAAAGGCAAGGCGCCUAAACGUCAACAGUAUAAAGGUCAAGAUUUUCUUCAUCCAUACAAAUAUAAACCCAACAAAACUCCUAAGCAAAUACAAAAGUCGGAAGAAGAAAUUUCUGAAGAAGCUAUAAAAAAAUUGCUGGCUUUGUCAGAACCUGUUGCAAAUAAUAAAGUAGCAGAAAAGAUUGUGGAAAGGGCUAUAAAACGCAAACCUUUAGCAGACAAAAUUGAAAUCAAAACUGAAGAGACCAAAUCCAUUCUGUUUCCAGAGGAGUCUUACAAAAGCUUUGAGAAAGAAUACUUUUGUAGU